UACGGAUCUACAGACUAUCUUGCCUAUGAUCAGUUAGCCGAAUGAGCCGAAAUGUCAGUGUCAAGACAUUGUCAGUUUUGAAAUUGGAUUGUUGAUUGCUAGAAAUCCAAAAUGCAACCACAGAUCCUAGUUCUGAAGGAGGGGACGGACCAGUCGCAGGGACGUCCGCAGUUGAUCUCCAACAUCAAUGCAUGCCAGCUAGUUGUUGAUGCGGUGCGCACGACGCUCGGCCCGCGCGGGAUGGACAAGCUGAUCGUGGACCACAGCGGGAAAGCAGUCAUCUCCAAUGACGGAGCCACCAUUAUGAAACUUUUGGACAUCGUGCAUCCCGCCGCCAAGACCCUCGUCGACAUCGCCAAGUCUCAAGAUGCUGAGGUCGGAGACGGCACCACGUCCGUGGUGAUCCUGGCCGGAGAGCUCCUGAAGCGGCUGAAACCGUUUGUUGAAGAAGGCGUCCACCCUCGCAUCUUAGUACGCGCUGUGCGCUCGGCCGCGAAGCUCGCCGUCGAUCGAAUUCGCGAGCUCGCUGUCAAGAUGGACAGCAAGUCACCGCAGGAGCAGCGCGACCUGCUCCGCAAGUGCGCCGCCACCGCCAUGGCCUCGAAGCUGAUCCAUCGUCAGAAGGACCACUUCUCGGCGAUGGUGGUCGACGCCGUCUUGUCUCUGGACGCCCCGCUGUUGCCUCUGGACAUGAUCGGCAUCAAGAAAGUAUCCGGUGGAGCUCUUGAAGACUCUUUCCUUGUUGCCGGAGUUGCCUUCAAGAAGACUUUCUCGUACGCCGGCUUCGAGAUGCAACCCAAGAGCUACGACUCGUGCAAGAUCGCGCUGCUCAACAUCGAGCUCGAGCUGAAGGCGGAGAGGGACAAUGCAGAGGUCCGCGUAGACAACGUGAAGGAAUACCAGAAGGUGGUCGACGCCGAAUGGCAGAUCCUUUACGAGAAGCUUGAAGCGCUGCACAAGAGUGGAGCCAAUGUGGUGCUGAGCAAGCUGCCCAUUGGAGACGUUGCUACGCAAUACUUCGCUGACCGUGAUAUGUUCUGCGCCGGGCGCGUGCCCGAGGAGGACCUGCGGCGCACGCAGCGCGCGUGCGGCGGCGCCGUGCUCAGCUCCGCGCGCGCCGUCCCGCCCGACGCGCUCGGCCACUGCGCGCACUUCACCGAGAGGCAGAUCGGCGGCGAGCGCUACAACAUCUUCACUGGUUACGAAAACAGAGGACGUCCUGAUGGUUGCCCGGCGGCUAAGACCUGUACCAUGAUUCUCCGCGGUGGCGCCGAGCAGUUCCUGGAGGAGACUGAACGGUCGCUCCAUGAUGCUAUCAUGAUCGUGCGCCGCAGCAUCAAGAACGACGCCCUGGUCGCUGGUGGCGGCGCCAUCGACAUGGAGAUCUCGAAGCACCUGCGCGAGCAGGCGCGCGGCAUCGCGGGCAAGGAGCAGCUGCUGCUGGCCGCCGCCGCGCGCGCCUUCGAGGCGGUCCCCCGGCAGCUCUGCGACAACGCCGGCUUCGACGCCACCAACCUGCUCAACAAGCUGCGGCAGAAACACCAUCAGGGCGAGAAGUGGUACGGUGUGGACAUCCAGAAGGAGGACAUCGCGGACAACUUCGCCAGCUGCGUGUGGGAGCCGGCCGUCGUCAAGAUCAACGCUGUCACUGCUGCCUGCGAGGCGGCUGCGCAGAUCCUGUCCGUAGACGAGACCAUCAAGAACGUGAAGGGCGGCGACGCCAUGCCCCAAGCCGGCGGCAUGCCGGCCGGCAUGGGGCGCGGCAUGGGCCGCCCACGCAUGGGCUAAACACGCCUUAAACACAGAUAAAACACCCUGAAUCUACAGUAUCUUUAGGUAUUUAAAUAAAAAACAAAAUGUAAACCUGCAUACAUCUGCGAAGAAAUUCAAAGGUGUAUGUGAAGUCCCCAAUCCGCAUUGGGAUAGCGUGGGGACUAUUCCGAGCCCUCUCGCACAUGAGAGGAGGCCUGUGCCCAGCAGUGGGACGUAUACAGGCUGAAUUAUUAUUUCAUUAUUAUUAUUAUUAAACAAAAUCUACCCUCAAAUAGCACAAGCCAGUUGAGGGUAGACGAAAACAUUACAUGAUCAAAUAAUGUAGGUUAAAGUCAGGUCGUUCAGUGACAGAUCCAGGCGGUUUUGUAUUUGGUUGGUUAACCAAUGAAUGUUAUAACUACCGAAAAUGUACAAAUUGCUCGUUUACUUUUAUUUAAAUACCUAAAGAUACAGAGUAUAUAGAUAGCUAGACAUCAUAUUUUCUUACUUACCAGGGAUUUUUGGUGCAGAAAUCUUGUGCUGUCCCGGCUUUAUGCCAUGGGCAAAGGCUUUUCGGUAAAGAAACAUCUAAAAAUAUCCACACCAGGGAUCGGAAACCGGUAUUUUUUGUAUGGGAACGAAAACGGUAUUUUUUCGUUCUUUGUUCAUUACUUCAUUUCUAAUUGGGCAAUCUAAUAAUAAUUAGUAUUGCAAUCCAGCGGGGUAAUG